GGGAAGGGAAGGGAAGGGAAGGGAAGGGAAGGGAAGGGAAGGGAAGGGAAGGGAAGGGAAGGGAAGGGAAGGGAAGGGAACUCCAUUUUACAUUCUGUUUACUGAAAAAUAAAACCUAUGAAGAGAUACAGACAGUUUCCUACUGUAAUUUUGGGUCAGAAUCAGGAUGAAGUGUGAUUACUUCAGUAACAUCAACUGGAGGAAAUCCAGAUCAAUCAAGAUGGGACAUUAGUGAGGGCAAAGGAAAAAUUGUUCAUCCUUUCAGCAGAUGUCACUUUUCAGGAAAAAAGUGGACACAACUGUAAGACAAACUCAGUUUCUUUGCAGUGCUAGAAAUAGUCAUUUUUGUUCAAUAAUUGAAACACUUCUGAGUUUGUUUUCUAUGGACUCAGUUCUUCAAAUCUUGUCAUUAUAUCUGAAUUAUGUUUCCACAUAAACACAUCUUAGAUUUUAAAGUUAUCUCCUGAUUUUGAGAAUAUGACUCGCUGAAGCUGUAUUUUCUGGGAGCUACAUUAUCCAGAUACCGAUAAUGCAGAAAUUACACUUAAAAGUAAGAAAGAAGAAUAAUGUAUGGGGAAAAAAACCCACCACAUGUGUGAACUAGGGAAGGAAUCAACAAUUAUCACUUUGGUAAGAAAAAUGAAUGAUGCUUUGUUUAUAAGGUUAUUUCUAUUGUUAUUUACACACUGCUCAGGUAAUGUCAAAUUUCCACCAUGACCUACAAACUUUUCCUUCUAAAGUGAAUUGAAGAUUGCAUGGAAUUAUGGUUCAUCUUACUGCAGAAUCAAACAGACAAAGAGAAAUCUGGGAAGGCUGCUAUAAACUAUUUAGUCAUACACACACACAACAGGAGAAAGGGGAAAUCAAGUGAAAAACUCCUUAAAGCCUUGAAGCUUCCCAAGCAAAACCUGUAUUGCAAAACAACACAUCCUUCCAUAGGAUCAUCAGUGCUCAGGUUUCACCCUUGCUCUACUUUUGCUGGGUGACCUUGACAGCAGUAUUCCUAUCUCUAUUUUCUCUCUUGUGAGUGAAAAGAAAGCAAUUCCUUGCCUCACAAAGAUGUUGUCAGAUUUAUGGUUGCAAAGUGACAAACAGACCCUAAUUGUCAUGAUAUGCAAUAGUUAAAUUUCUAUGUCAAUGAUGAGGUCAGGCAUGAUUCAGAUCAAUCACAGUCAUGUGAAAGAAUUGGACAUACACAAUGGGUUUGUUUGAUAUUUAUAGUCAGUGAGAAAUCUACGAUUCUGUGAUUCUAUAAAAUCACACAAGGCACAGCAUUGUAGCGGCUUUUCAGCUGAAUUUGAAGGCCAUUUUUAGACCCAGUUUUUCUCUUUACAAAGGUUUGGCAAAAGUGUCUUCAAAGAAGUUGAGCUCAUAGCACUUUCUUUGGUUUGUUUUUUAUAUACUUCUGUCUCAGUCCUGCCCACGGAGACUGACUUACUACUGAUGUUCUUCAAUGAAUCAGGCAUUCCCCUCAGGCUGGCGUAAGGAAGUCACCAAGAUUUAUGGGGAAGGUAGAAGAGAAAAAGAAACCCUAAAUCAUGCUCUUUUCCCCCCUCUGAAGAUUCCCAACAGCAAAGUGAGACAAGUUUCACCGCGACCUACAAACUGCAAUAAGAUGUUAUUUGGCACCUCGGAGACUUAAUGGAGCAAUUAGCUAAACUUUUACGGCGUCCCCUAGGAAAGUUCUUAAGAUACAAGUACAUUCGAACUUGUAGCACAAUUCGAAGUUUUCCCACGUGUCAGCGCAGGAGGGAGGCUCAGCCCGGGCAGCUCCCGGGGCGCAGCGGCGCGGGCGGGCAGGGCUGGCGGGCGGCGCGGCCGAGCGGGGAGCCCGGGCCGGGCGCGGGGAGCGCAGGGGGCGGAGCCGGGGGCUCCCGGGCCGCCGGAGCCCUGCUGCUGCCGGGGAGCGCGGUGCCCCGGCCUGUCCCUGCCGCCCGAGGAAGCCAGCGGAGGAGAAAGCAGCUCUCCGGCCGGUUUGGGAGAAUUGGCAGGUGCUCAUCUUCAUGAAGGAAAGGAACACUAGAAGUUCCGACUAGAACUGUGGUGUUUGCUUCAAGAUGCCCCAAAGGGAAAAUACUCAUCUGCAAGUCUCAUCUUUCAAAACUGCCUGUGUUCCUUCAAUCAAAGAAAAACGGUUUUUGAGAAAGAUGACUUGUGAAGUCUGUGAACAAAGCUGUCUUCACGAGGAUACUGAUUGAAAGACAUCAUGCCUUACAAGGGACAUUUAUCUUGAAGGGUGACACUGUGCUCUUAAACUAAAACACAGGCACUGUAAAAACUGAUCCUGAACAAGAAUAAGAAUUAUAAAAACUGUAUCAGAAUGUUUGUUAGUCCCAGAAGAGUCAGAAAAUGCCAUUUUUUGCAGAUAUGUGCCACUUGCUUCAUACUGUGUCUCAUGAUUUUUUGGGUGCCGUUUGAUAAUCACGUUGUGAGCCAUAUGAAGUCCUAUUCCUACAGAUACCUCAUAAAUAGCUACCAUUUUGUGAAUGACAGCCUGUCUAUCAGCAGGGAUAACCCGAACAGAGUAUCAAGCUACAAGUACUUGAUCAACCACAGAGAGAAAUGUCAGCAGCAGGAUGUCCUUCUCCUAUUGUUUGUGAAGACUUCUCCUGAAAACCGUCAUCGAAGGGAUGCAAUUAGACAAACUUGGGGUAAUGAGAUGUACGUUCGUUCUCAACUUAAUGCCAACAUUAAAACCCUUUUUGCUUUAGGACGACCAACAGACCACCUGCAGAAAAGACAGCGGCAAAGAGAUCUUGAGCUUGAAGACCAGAAAUACCAGGAUCUGAUUCAACAAGACUUCUUGGAUACCUUUCACAAUCUUACUCUUAAAUUGCUUUUGCAGUUUAGCUGGGUGAAUGCCUUCUGUCCUCACGCCAGGUUCAUUAUGUCUGCAGACGAUGACAUAUUUAUCCACAUGCCAAACCUCGUUGCUUAUCUCCAAAGUCUCACAGAAAUGGGUGCUCAAGAUAUCUGGAUUGGUCGUGUCCAUCGUGGAUCCCCUCCCGUUAGAGACAAGAGUAGCAAAUACUACGUUCCAUAUGAAAUGUACCAGUGGCCCUCUUACCCCGACUACACAGCAGGAGCUGCAUAUGUAAUAUCAAACGAUGUAGCAGCUAAAGUUUAUGAGGCUUCAUUGACUCUGAAUACAAGUCUUUAUAUAGACGAUGUUUUCAUGGGUCUCUGUGCCAAUAAAAUGGGAAUUGUACCACAAUAUCAUGUAUUUUUUUCUGGGGAAGGAAAGGCUCCAUAUCAUCCCUGCAUUUAUAACAAGAUGAUGACAUCUCAUGGACAUGUAGAUGAUCUUCGCCAGCUCUGGAAGCGGGCUACAGACCCCAAAGUUAAAAAGAUUUCUUCAGGGAUUUGGGGUAGAAUGUACUGCAGACUAGUCAAUAUUGUGCUUCUUUGUAAACUGUACUAUGCGGACACAUAUCCUUGUUCAGCUGCGUUUUCUUAAUACUUGAAUAUCUGCAUUGAAGAUCCACUGAGCCAAGAUGGAGCAACAACAUUUUAGGUGUUUAUCCAAAAUAUUAUAUGUAAACAUGGAUAGAGGUAAAAUUUACACUUGAAUACUUGGGGUAGGCAGAGGGAGAGGACAAAGAUGGUCCCAGGGUCCCAGGUUCUGUUCAGACACUUAAUGGAAUAGCUCUCCUGUUGUACUUCAACAUUUUACAUGGUAGCCUGUUUUUUACACUCUUCAAGGUAUGCAGUUCUGGAUUAUAAAUCGAUUAUAAUGGACUUGACUUCCAGACUUUGAAACACUUGUUGAAAAUAGCUGUUUCUUUGAACUUGUCAGUAAGUCUUGAUGGUUUUUAAAAAGCUAUGUUAACUAAGGCAUGUGGCAAAAAAAAUCUGUUAUAUCAGAAUGGAGUAGACCUUUCAAAGCCUGAGGAAAAUGGAACUUCUGACUCUAUGAAUGAGACUAUCACAGUAGCUUAAGGCAGUGUAAACUCUACAAAUAUUCACCAUUUCUCAAUGCUUCGUACAAAGUCAGUCUGGACCUGCACAGCUGACAAACAGUGAGUGCUAGAAGUGAAGACCUGCUACAAUUGUUUCCUCAAAGCUCCCUAAAUCUUUGAAACAGGGAAACUGUUUGGAUGCCCUCUGACUUUAAGUAACAAAGGAACCCCCUUUAGAACCUGAAGGUAUAAAAAAACCAAAUACUACUCAUAUGACUGGUUGGGCUAAUAUUUCUCCAUCUUCCAAAAACUGAAUUAGCAUAUUGAAAAGUCCAAUCUUUAUAAGCAAAUAAGCUGAGAUAGUUUUCAGCUAAUAAUGCUUCUGUUUUCCAAUAUUCUAGAGGUGAAAAGGAAGCAAAAGUCCCCGGGAAUGUUACUUAGAGCUACUUAAAGACUUAAAAAAGCAAAAUCUCAUGCUUGUACUAACAGGGAGGGAGUACAAACUGUACUUUGCAUUGAAGGGAUAGGGAGAUGGUGAUUCACACAAACUCAGUACACAAAUUAUAAUAACUAAAAUAUUUCUUCAGAAGUCAAAAUUGUCUUUAAAAUUUCAGGGUUGUUUGUUUCCAUAAACCCCUGUACCUUGAAUAUAUCUCAAUGUUAAUGUCACUUGCAAAGGAACAAAAUGCCUGUGCUUUGUAAACCUGAACAGAGCUAAGUGAUGUGCAAACUGCAGCCCUUAUGAGCUGUCCUGUGGUGCCAUAAAGAUCCUGCAGAGAACCAGAGCUGAAGGAGUCCUUGCACAGCUCAGUCAUGGUGCUUCACAGACUCUCAGGACAGGUAUCUUAGCUGAUAAUUGCCAAACCUGUGGCAGCUGUACAGGACUUGCUAGUUUGAAGUUGUGAGUAGUAAACUUGGUUUAAUGAAGUGCUCCUGCUCCUGCUCUUGGAGCUGUGCUGCAGGUUUUCUGGUUGGAAUGGAUGAUGGCAUCUGUGCAGACAGAAUCCAGGAGUGAGCUUGCACACUGUUCUCUAAGCUGUUCAGAUGGAGGGGAGGUAGCUACUGGAACUAAGUCAAACAUGUAACUUUCUAUAAUUGGUUUUGCAGAAGGAAGAUAAUAAGAUUCCUAACUGAUCCUAAAUGGUGGACAUAUAAAGAGCCCACAAUUAAAUAAUUUAUCAGUGUCAGAAUCACUGAUGAGCAUAACAGCUACACUUCAGAGGGAACACAUCCAGUUCCUCUUCUUGCCUAAACAGAUAAUGGUACUGGGGAUGUAGAUCUACAUAACCUGUUACAUACAGAGAAAAUAAAUGCACACAUAGAGAAAGUAUUGUUCUAUAUUGAAGGAAAGCUAGUUCAUCAGAUUUCUGACUUGUGAGCCAUUUAAAUCAGCAAAGCUGCACAGCAAAACUGCACUGCUAGAAAAGCCACCCUGUUCACUGAAGGGAAAGAGGGUCUUCAUAUGCAAUAUGCAACCAAAAUGUACUAGUAAGAAUACAGUCUUCCAGCAUACCUACAUGUUGGGAUUUGUUUUCACUCAUAAAUGCAAAAGUAAAGAAAUCUUUAAGUAGCUUUAACCAGCUAACAUCUAAAAUGCUGCUUAAAUGUAGUUGCCAUUAUCUGAAAGUCACUUUUGACCAUUGAAAUACUUUGUUUUACAGUUGGUUUGAGCUUUGUUUGAAUUGUUUCUUAAUCUUAAAAAGGCCUUGAUGUUUGUAGUAUGCAUUUUCUUUUGCUGCAGUGAAAAGAAGUUGCUUGUUGAAUAAAAAGGAAGGCAUGAAGGCACUCCUUUCAAAAAUAGAAGACAUAGAAAACUUCAUAUUUUCUGGUUCUAAACACAAAUUAAGAUUUGUACACUUCCAUCAGGAAUUUUUUUAAACAAUAGUCUCAGUGCUCCAAUGCAGGGCUGAUAGGUUUUACUUCUACAAAUAAAACUGAAUCAGCCUGAAUGGUCACUCCUCGUUAAGAGUUUGACAUUGUUGCACAGCAUAUUUAAUGCUAUUUUUUUUACCUGUUUGUUUGGUUUGCAUCAGUUUCCCUUUGAUAUUACUAAUUUUUAUACAAAGUAUUCAAUAUUUAUUCUUAAAAUUUGCUCUGUACCACAGAAAGACAGUUGUUUUGUAAAAUUUGUUUUGAAUAAACAGACUUAUUUGUUUUAAAAAAACCCUAAAGAAUACAGAAAAGGUAAAUAUCUCUUGUUGCUUUCUUUGUAACUGACAGAAUGAGUUCUGAUAUUUGUAAGUUUUGUUCUGAGUUCCCUUUUACAGGAGCCCCUCAAACUGCUCAUCUUUGUGCCCCUGCCCCCGGUGUGUGCAAAAGGCAAAAUUGGUAUUUUAGAAGCUGGACCUGUUGUUAAUGUUAUACUUUGUAUGUUCUCUUCAGGCAGCUGUUCCCCUGGAGAUGUGUAUCUGUCUACACAAGAUUUCAGAUCAUUUUGCACCUUUGGAAAAGUAGCUGAUGAUCUGGGGACCAGACAUGGUAUUUUUAUAGGGUAUAAUUAAAUUCAGAUAAUUAUGA